AUGAAGAAACAAAGAGUGAAUCUGGCCAAGGACUCAAAGAGGCAGGAAAGAAAAUCUAAGGGCGGGAAAAGCUCCCUUUCAGUAACUGAACAGGAAAUAACCCAAGUGGAAUUACACCUUCAAAAUGCUCCUCCGGAUCUCCAGGGGAAGGAGAAGACCUGCUACUACAAAGUUUCACUGUUACCUCCAGAGAAGCUCGUUGCUGAGAUCUUGGCCAUCAUUUGCAUUGUCCUAGUGGGCUCUGUGUUAAAAAUGGUAUUAAUAGCUCGUAUUCCCUUUACAGUAAUGGAGAAGCAGAACAAUUCUUUCCAGAGUGUAAAAACUCAGAAAGCAUGUGAUUGUGGUCAUUGUCCAGAGGAGUGGUUCACAUAUUCCACCAAUUGUUAUUCCAUUGGUAAGGAAUUCAAGACUUGGGAUGAGAGUUUGAGGACUUGUGCUUCCAAGAACUCUAAUCUGCUUUACAUAGAUAAUGAAGAAGAAAUGUUGAAGUGGGUGCUGGAUCAUGUUCAUGCAAAGUGGUGUGUUGUUCCCCAGAUUAUUGUUGGAAGCUUGAGUUGGGGGCUGGGUUGGACCCUCUCUUCUGAGGCUGGUGUCGUGGGGGAUUGCUCUACUCAGCAUCUCUCUGGAGGUGACACUGGCAGCUGA